CUGUUGGGGCUCACGCACUGCUCAGAGACGCUGGUGGGCGACCAGUUCGUUCGGGGGGUCAGCGGAGGGGAGCGGAAGCGGCUCACGGCGGCGGAAAUGCUGAUGUGGCCCGGGGUUAUUCUCACCCGAAAGGUGUAUUCUUUUUUGGGGGGAACGGACUCCGCUACUCUGUUUACCGUUAUUCGUUGGCUGAGUCAGGCUGCUAAGGCCUUGCAGCUGACCAUCGUGGCCUCCCUGCUACAGCCACCGCCCGAGGUGUUUGGACUGUUUGAUGAUGUCGUACUGCUCACGGAGGGUCGUGUGUUGUACCACGGCCCCGUCAAGGCUGUGGUGGAGCACUUUCGUUCCGUGGGUCUGGACUGUCCGGAUCGUAAGGACGUUCCUUCAUUCUUGUUGGAAAUCACCACACCCACUGGGCAGAGGGAGUUCGCGGUGGCUGAUGUGUAUCACCGCCAGCGGCGACACGUCGAACCGCGGCCGGUCGCUCAAGCUGCGGCCAAAGUGGGUCUCGUCUGUGUGGACUGUCGUACCGCCCCGCUGCAGCCCUCCGGGCCGCCAGCCGCCCCGCUGGUGCCGCUAAGUAACCGCUUUGCGCUGCGGCCGUUGGAGGCCGUGGCGGCUGCGACGCGGCGUCAGAUGAUGCUGGUGUCUCGCGACAAGGUGCUGCUGAAGGGCCGGAUCAUGCAGGUCAUCGUGCUGGGGCUGCUCACGGGUAGCUUGUUCUACAACCAGGUGGGUGAUGGUGGUGUGUCGAUGGUGGCGUCGCGCACCAUCUUUGGCGCCUGCUUCAUGAGCACACUGUUCAUGAGCUUUGGCAGCUUCCCGCAACUGCCCGUGACCAUGGAGCUGAAAAAAGUUUGGUUCAAGCACCGUUCCGCGGCUUUCUACCCGGCAUACGCGCAGGGGCUAGCCAUGGCCCUGUCACAGCUGCCGUUAUCCACCAUCGAGUCCGUCAUUUUCUCCCUCAUCAUGUACUUCAUGGUCAACUUUUACAGGUACGACACGUUUCACAGCAUGUAUGUACGGCGUGUGUUUGUCGCACGUGUUCCCGGCGUGUCCUGCAUAUGUCGUAACAUGGUGGUGGCCAACGCGGCGGUGGGUUUUGUGUUCGUGUUGCUCAUCCUGACAUCGGGUUUCGCGAUAGUGCACAACUCCAUUCCCCCCUGGGCCAUUUGGGGCUAUUGGAUCAGCCCACAUGCGUAUGCGUUACGCUCCCUGGUCAUCAACGAGAUGGUGUCCCCCAAGUGGCAAAACGUACCCGCCCCCCCGGGCAUGCAGCCUGGACUGAGCCUUGGGGAUGCGGCGCUUCUGUCCUUCGACUUCUACUUGGAGCGGAAGUGGAUUUGGAUCGGGGUCGGCUUCCUGCUGGGUUCCUUCCUGCUGCUCACCUACACCUCCAUCAUCAGCUUGGCACACCAGCAACCGGAAGUACCCCAGGCGCAGGUACGUACCCGCGUAUGUCUUCCCCGGGAUCGAUAUGUAACAGAAAUAUACACACAUACAUACAUACAUACAUACAUACAUACAUAUGGGGGCGGGGAGGGGAGGGGGGAGGAAAUGGGAGUAGGGGGGCAAUCUUCCUCCCAAAUAAGUGGAGAUGUCUCUAUUGUCCGGAGUUCUCCCCCUUCCCCCUCUCUCACGCGCACAGAUUUCAUCGACAUUUCCUCCUCCCUGCCCUUCACCCCCAUCACCCUCGUCUUCCAAGACCUUAACGCCGUAUUGCCAGUAGCCGCCCGUGAGCGGCUGCAGCUGCUAAGCGGCAUUACGGGAUUCAACGAGCCGGGGGUAUUGCUUGCGCUCAUGGGCGGUUCCGGAGCAGGCAAAACGACCUUGAUGGACGUCAUUGCGGGCCGUAAGACCAUUGGAGAGAUCAGUGGUACGAUAACGGUCAACGGUCACCGGGCGGAUCCCCGGGCGUGGAGCCGCGUUAUGGGCUAUGUGGAGCAGUUCGACAUCCACUCCCCGGGGCAGACGGUGGUUGAGGCGCUGCAGUUCUCGGCCCGACUGAGACUGCCCAAGUCCUGCUCGAACUCCCAGGUCAAGUCGUACGUGGAGGAGGUGCUGGAGAUUGUUGACCUGCUCCCCCUCAUGUCGUCCCUUGUGGGCUCCCCUGGAGUGAGCGGGUUGUCGGUGGAGGCGCGGAAGCGACUCACGAUCGCGGUGGAGCUGGUGGCUAACCCGUCGUGCAUCUUCUUGGACGAGCCAACCAGCGGUCUGGAUGCUCGUGCUGCAGCCAUCGUCAUGCGCGCGGUGCGCAACAUUGCUCGUAACGGUCGUACCGUUAUGGUUACGAUUCACCAACCGUCCAUUGAGAUUUUCGAGGCGUUCGACCAACUGCUGCUCAUUCAGCGCGGCGGCCUGACGACCUAUUUCGGCCCCCUGGGCCUCCACUCCGCCGACCUCAUCUCGUACUUUAUGGCCGUACCGGGGACACCAGCGUUACCCUCGGGAUUCAACCCAGCCACGUGGAUGCUGGAGGUGACGGGGGGCUCCAUGGCGACUGUCUUAAACCGCGUGGACGUGAAUUGGCCGGAGCUGUACGACAAGUCUGAGCUGGCGGCCAAAGUACGACGACCCGAGAGGGCUGGGAGGGGGUUUGUGGUGGGCAGCCGUUACGCAAUGCCGUUCGGUGUCCAGGUGCGGGUGCUGCUCCAGAAGUUCAAUUUGGCGUACUGGCGAGCACCGGGCUACAACUUCAUGCGGGUGGGCAUGACGCUGGCGACCAGUUUCAUCUACGCGGCGGUGUACUGGGGUGAGGGACGCGUGCCGGACCCCGCCGGGAUCGCCAACGUACAGAACGUUAUGGGCAUCAUGUUUUCAUCGUCCAACUUUUUGGGCAUGGUCAACUUGAUGAGUGUACUGCCGGUGGUGGGGUACGAGCGAGUGGUGUUUUACCGGGAGCGCGGCGCCUCCAUGUACGACCCCUUCGCGUACGGCGCCGCCAUCGCCCUCGUGGAGAUGCCGUACCUUCUCAUCCAGGCGUUGACCUUCGUCCCCAUCAUCUACUUCAUGAUCGGCUUCGAUACCGCGCCGGAGCAGUUUUUCUAUUACAUAAUUGUCUUUUUCGAGACGAUUGCCUUUUACACGAUCUUUGGCCAGACGCUGGUGUACAUCACGCCCGCACAAGCCAUCGCGCAGGUGGUGGGUGGGGGCUUCAACUUCCUGUUUAACGUGUUCAACGGUUUCAUCAUCACGUACCCCGACAUGCCCAGCGGUUGGCGCUGGAUGAACCGUGCCGUACCACCCACGUGGAUUCUGUACGGCCUGGGGAUCAGCCAGCUGGGCAAC